UCGUAUAGCUUUUGCAAGGAAGACUUUGUUAUCGUGAGCUUCAUCGCAGAGUUCAUUAACACAUGCACCAAUGCUGCCUACAUCUUCUAUGCUGCGCGUGCCCUUCGUCGAUUGCCCAAAGACGCCUCUUUUGCUGCAAAAUCUCUGUACUAUGGCGUUGUACUUGUCGGUGUCUGCUCAAGCUUAUUUCAUGGCCUCUUGUCAUAUCACGCCCAGAUGGCGGAUGAUACAUCGAUGAUUGUUGCUACUUCGAUCGUGCUCCAACGCGCAAUGACAUACCAGAAAACUCCGACAUUUAUAAACUGGUUUAGUGGACUCUUGCUUCCAGCUGUCAUUACUGAAGCAACAUACCACGUUAUGAUGGACGAACAGACUGUACACGAGCUCUCCUUUGUCUGUCUCAUCAUCGUAGUCGCUGCCAAGACUCGAUCUCUGAUCAAACUCCGCGUUUCACAACCAAAAGACAAGAAAAUGCUGCAGAAAGCCGUCAACUUCGGUGCAGCUAAGUCUUGCGCUAUUUCUGUAUCUCUUGUCCAACUCGACUUUAUCUUCUGCACCAAACUCACUUCAAUCAAGCGCGUAUUGGGUAUGCCUUGGGCCUUUCUACUUGAAUUUCACGGAUGGUGGCAUAUUCUCACAGCUGUUGGAGCACAAUCACAUACCUUCACGAUCGUGGUUGAUAUCCUUACGCGUGAUCGAGUCGAGCUUUUGGAGGAAGACUUUACCUUAUUUGGUGAGAGAACCACGGUAGUAAGGACAAAGGGCGACUGA